AUGCUCGCAAUAUGCUUUCUUGUAUAUAUUUUAACACCUGUUUUAUCUGACUAUUAUAACCCUCGAUAUGACGACUUCGACAUCAACCCUCUAAUAGAAAACGACAGGAUACUAGUGAGCUACUCCAAAUGCUUUCUCGACCAAGGUCCGUGUACACCGGAAGCAAAAGAUUUUAAAAAAGUUAUACCGGAAGCAUUAGAGUCAUCUUGUGGAAAAUGCUCCCCAAAACAGAAAAAGCUUAUCAAAACGGUAAUAAAAGCUAUAAUGGCGGCUCUGCCUGAUACUUGGGACCAGCUCGUGAAUAAAUAUGAUGGAGAGAAAAAAUAUAGGGAAGCAUUCAAAAAAUUUCUUGAAGAGAAAGAUAGAAAGUAA